AUGGAGGACCAAGCCAACAGUGAGUUCUCCAACUCAUCCUCUGAAGAGCAUGAAUUCCAGAUGGAGAUGAAGAUGCGACUGGCCUACAAUGGCCCUAACCGGUCAGCAGAGAUGUUGCAGCAUAACAAGGCAGAGGUUAACACCUUCCUAAAAGCAGACCGGGACAGAGCAUACCGGAUUCGGGUGGAAGGGAUGAAGCAGCUAGGGGGAGCAGCGCCAGCCUCCCUGAUGUGCUUGCUGAAAAAGAAAAUUUAUUUCAGUGCAUUCCAAUACUGA